CCCUAGCAUUUUGUCCUCUCGCUCUCUCACUUUUCUCUCUAGUAGGUAUCAAAGGAGAGAAAAUGCUAGGGUUUUAGAGAGAAGAGAAAACAGAGAGAAAGAGAGCACAGGAGAGAGAAAAGGCAAGUUUUAAGGGUUAGGGUUUCCUUUUUUCUUUGUAUAAGAAAGAAAAAUGGUGGCAGACAAAGGAAAGAAGAUGAAACUAGCAGAGAAAGGAGAAGAAGAGAACUCUGAACAAAUCGAUGGAGACCUCGUCCUUUCCAUCGAAAAGCUUCAAGAGAUCCAAGACGAGCUUGAAAAGAUCAAUGAAGAGGCAAGUGAGAAAGUCUUGGAAGUGGAGCAGAAGUACAAUGAGAUACGCAAACCCGUCUAUGAUAAGCGGAAUGACAUCAUCAAAUCGAUUCCUGAUUUCUGGUUAACAGCUUUCUUGAGUCAUCCUGCUCUUGGUGAACUUUUGACUGAAGAGGAUCAGAAGAUAUUCAAGCAUAUUAGCUCGCUUGAAGUGGAGGAUUUUAAAGAUCUGAAAUCUGGAUACUCGAUUACAUUUAACUUCAAUCCCAAUCCAUAUUUUGAAGAUACAAAGCUUACGAAGACCUUUACCUUCCUUGAUGAGGGAACCAAAAUUACUGCCACCCAAAUCAAGUGGAAAGAGGGCAUGGGCUUGCCAAAUGGAGUUAACCAUGAGAAGAAAGGAAACAAGCGACAAUUUGCCGAAGAAAGCUUCUUUACCUGGUUUACCGAUGCUCAGCAGAAAGAUGAUAUGGAUGAGAUUCAUGAUGAGGUAGCGGAGAUUAUCAAGGAGGAUUUAUGGCCCAAUCCUCUCACUUAUUUUAACAAUGAGGCUGACGAAGAGGAUUUUGAUGGUGAAGAAGGUGAUGAAGAGGGAAAAGAUGACGAUGACUCUGAUGAUGACGAUGAUCCAGACGAUGAGGAUGAUGAUGAUGGUGACGAUGAUAACUAAAAUCACUUAUGGCCUUAAUUAUAUCAGUUGCUUGCCUUGGUUUGGUAAGAACUUGUGUAAAGUUGUCUCGUAGUGGUUGCUAAGUAAGGUAAUGGGGAGGAUAACCAUCUUUAAGAUAGCUUUCUCUGCUGUAUAAGCAACUGGCAUUAUUGUCAGCAUAGCUCUGACUCAUUUCUUUUUGCCUUAUCUCUCUUCUACCAAUUUGAUCUUUUUCUGUGUUUUUGUUUUUCUGGUUUACUCCCUGACGGUGACAUGGAAGUUGCUACAUGAUAUUGGAAUGCUGUCUUUUUUAUCUAUAGUUUUUGUUAAAACUCUGUUAAUUAGAAGAGAGUUAAAUUAUAUUGUGGUAUGUAAAAUGCAGAAUAGAUUGUAGUUGUUGGCAUUGAGCUGACAUCUCUAUGAAUUCAGCCCUGUUUAGUGAUUGUUUC